AUGGGGACUGAAAACGAUACAACUGUGACAGUAUUCAUUAUUUUGGAGUUAACAGAGGAUACUACAAUUUGUGGCUUUUUAUUUAUUGUGUUUUCAGGAAUCUACGUUGUCACCUUAAUGGGCAAUGUCAGCAUAAUCAUGAUAAUUGGAAGCAGUCCACAACCUCAUGCCCCAGUGUAUCUUUUCCUCUGCCAUCUGGCCUUCAUAGACAUUGAUGACUCCUCAUCGGUCACACCUGCGAUGCUCACGGACUUCCUCAGGAAAGAAACCUCUAUUCGUGUUGCUGGUUGUGUAGCCCAACUCUGUUCUACAGCCACAUUUGGGUUAGCUGAGUGCUUCCUGCUGGCUAUCAUGGGCUAUGACCACUCUGUGGCCAUCUGCUCUCCACUGCUCUCCUCCACUCACAUGUCCCCCAGAAUCUCUACUCUGUUAGUGGGGAUGUGCUACCUAGGUGGAUAUGUGAAUGCUUGGACAUUUACUAGCUGUUUAUUAAGUCUAUCCUUUUGUGGACCAAAUAAAGUCAAUCACUUUUUCUGUGACUAUUCACUACGUUUGAAGCUUUCCUGUUCUCAUGAGUUUACUUCUGAAAUAAUUCCAGCCAUCUCUUCCUGCUCCAUCAUUGUGGUCACUGUGUUUAUCAUUGUUCUGUCGUAUGUUUAUAUCCUCUUAUCAACCCUGAAGAUCCACUCCACCAACGGGUGCCACCAAGCCUUCUCCGCCUGCACCUCCCACCUCACAGUGGUCACUCUGUUCUAUGGGACCCCUGCAUUCAUUUAUGUGAUGCCCACAUCAAGCUACUCAGCUGAACAAAACAAAGUGGUGUUUGUGUUCUGCGUGUUGGUGAUCCCAAUGUUGAACACCCUUAUCUACAGUAUGAGGAACAAGGAGGUUAAAGAGCCUAGGAGGAAAUGGAUAGAACAUAUUGGUGGUCCUAA